AUGGUGGAGAUGCUACUGUUGCAAAUCAACCAGGAGUUCCAGCCCAGAAUCACUGCAAAUCUAGAAGUGGAGAUGCUACUGUUGCAAAUCAACCAGGAGUUCCAGCCCAGAAUCACUGCAAAUCUAGACGUUCAUGACCCCACCUGCACCUCCCAUCUCCGCUGUCCCAACAGCAACAAGAAGUGGCAUGUGGGUCUCCUGUUGAUCUCUGCUUCUCCAGAGGUGGACUUCGAAACUCUUUCAAGCUUCGGAUUCCAGCCAUGCUGGAGGCUGAAGCAGGAGGGUCUCAAGGAAGAACUUCCCGACUAUUACAAGCCUUGGAUGGAAAUUGCCAGCAGACUUCCUCACUUAAUCGAGAGCCACCAGCUCCAAGCUCAUGUGUAUAAGAUGCCUCUCCUGGACUGCAGGUUCCUAAAGAGCUAUCACGAGCGGCGGCUGGCACACCUGGCACUGGCCGCUAUCACCAUGGGAUUCGUCUGGCAGGAAGGGGAAGACCAACCCCAAAAGGUGCUGCCAAGACCUCUUGCCGUUCCUUUUGUUGAGGUAUCCAGGAACUUGGGACUCCCGCCUAUCCUGGUCCACUCUGACCUGGUGCUGGCAAACUGGACCAAAAGGAACCCAGAAGGUAACCUGGAGACCAUCGUCUCUUUUCCGGGGGGAGAGAGCCUGCGGGGUUUCAUCCUGGUGACAGUCUUGGUGGAGAAGGCAGCAGUGCCCGGCAUUAAGGCCCUGGUUCAGGGGGUGGAGGCUAUCCGGCAACACAGCCAGGACACCCUGCUAGAAGCCCUGCAGCAGCUGAGACUGUCCAUCCAGGACAUGACCAGAGCCUUGGCCCAAAUGCAUGAUUAUGUAGACCCAGACAUAUUUUACGCGGUCAUCCGGAUCUUCCUCUCUGGGUGGAAGGACAACCCAGCCAUGCCUGCGGGGCUGGUCUAUGAGGGUGUUUCCACAGAGCCUCUGAAGUACACUGGAGGGAGUGCAGCCCAGAGCUCUGUGCUUCAUGCCUUCGAUGAGUUCCUGGGCAUUCAGCACUGCAAGGAACCUGUUGGCUUUCUACACAGAAUGAGGGACUACAUGCCGCCAUCCCAUAAGGCCUUCCUGGAGGACCUCCACUCUGCUCCUUCGCUGAGAGACUACGUACUGGCCUCUGGUCCUGGGAGCUGCCUGACGGCCUAUAACCAGUGCGUGGAGGCGUUGGUAGAGCUGCGCAGUUACCACAUCAAUGUGGUGGCCAGAUACAUUAUCUCCGCUGCAGCCAAGGCCAGGAGCAGGAUGCCGACUCGUCUCUCCGCCGCCGAUGCCUCGGAAGACAGGGGCACUGGGGGCACUGCCGUGCUGAGCUUCUUGAAGAGUGUCAGGGACAAGACCGCGGAGGCUCUCCUGAGUCCUGGGGCUUAGCAGUCGCAUCCUGCAUCCUGGUGCUUAGCAGCCAUGUCCUGCAUCCCAGUGCUUAAUAGUAAUGUCCUGCAUCUUGGUGCUUAGCAGCCAUGUCCUGUGGGAGCCAGAACCAGGGUCGGAGCUCUGUCUGAGCCCAAGCAAAGCUUUACUACAAAGAACAUUUGGUCCUUUGUUUGUGGCUCCCACCUCAACCCCACCCCAGCUAGUUUGCUUGCUAGAAACCUUUCUGUGCUGCCCAAUCCCCCUGCCUCAUAGCAAAGAGCUGCAACCACGGUCUCACUUAGUAUUUGGUGGGCAAGUUGGAGAUACCCAAGCUCAAUUUUAAAAGCAUCAACUUGCCUUUGGGAAUGUCACCUCAUCCUUUCUUCCUCUGAACCCCUUCCCUACCUCCCUCUUCCCUCUGUCUCUCCCCCCUCCCUCUUUCUCCUUUUACCACUCUCCCCUCCCCCAUUCUCCCCUUUUCCCUCCCCCAUCCCUCCUUCAUUUCUUCCGGCCCUUUUUAUCUGUGAAACACACAGUCUAACAGGCCUCAAACUGUGAUCUUCCUGUCCCACCCUUCAGAAGUUAUGUGUAUGUGAUGCGUGCGUGUGUACACACGUGUGCACAUGUGUACACACUGAGGCUUUGUUCCGUUUCUUUUGUUUUGCCCUACUGGAGAGCACACCCAAAGUUUCGCACAUACCAGGCAAUUGCUCCCCCACCCAGCUACAGUCCCAGCUCUCUGCAUUCCUGAAGGAAAGUCCUGAUGAGUUGUUCAGGCUGGUGUUGAGCUUUUUAGGUCAGGCGAGCCUUAGUCUGAGUAGCUGAGGUGUAAAGGGAUGAGGCACUGAGCCAUGCUGUGCUGUGAUGCUGCUGCUGGCGAUGAUGAUGAUGGCGAUGGUGAUGAUGAUGAUGAUGAUGGCGAUGGUGAUGAUGAUGAUGAUGGCGAUGAUGAUGACGACGACGAAGACAACGAUAACUACAGAGGCAGCAAUGAUGACAGCAGCAAUAAUGACAAAUGUCUCCUUUUUUGGUCUGUUUUUGGUUUUUCUUUUAUUUUACUUUACUUCCAGGCAGUAUCUGACUUAACCCAGGUUGCCUUGAACCACCUCAGCCUCCGCAGUGCUUAGAUUAUACCCAUGAGCCACCACGGCUGCCUCUAGACUCUUUCAAGUCACCGAGCCCUACUAUGCUCUUGUCUGUGACCCGGGCCAGCCUUCUCCUCCCUGCCGCAGGGGCUUAGAUGCUGAGUGGAGAUCUGUGGGGUGACCUGGAAGCCACCAGCAUGGGAGUGAUUAGCUACUGACUUGGAACCGCUGUGGCACGACCCCCCUCCCCCCGCAGGGCGCAGACAUCGCGGAGUCUAUUUUAACUCUCUCUGUUCUAUUUUUAGGGCUGUGUUUUUCUUUUUCCUGGUGACACUGGAAAUUUGUAUGUGAAAAAUGCUUUAAUUGACCCCUUGAAAGCAAGAGAGCCAAAUAAGAAUAAAUAGUAAGUCCACAUGUUUAAGAUAAAAAUAAAUGUGGCUUU